AUGAAAUUCAUUGGUCAAAGUCGUAUAUACUACUACACUCAACUACUACCAUGGCGUGUCUAUAAAUAUGGAAGUGUAGGUUGGAGUAUUCAACUCAUCAUUGUGACUAUGAAUUUAAUUCAAACACAAAAACGUCUUAUGACCAAAUUGAUUGUGAUGUGUAGUUUGAUUAGUUGUAUUCAAUUACAGAUGUUAGUACUAGCCAGACCUGAAGCAGGUGGUAACAAGGAUGAUGCGUUUUAUAGAUUUGGAUAA